CAGUAUACUAGUAUUUAACGGAAUUUCAAAUUCUAUUGAUUUCAUUGUUACGAGUCGUUUCAUGUCCGUUUUGUGAUUAGUCAAGUUAUUGGAAGAGAAUGAUGAAUAAAUUUCUUAUUAUUUCCUUACACUUAUAAUCAUUUGUGAAACCUGAAGUUUGGAUAUUGAUUCAUCCUAAUUCCUAGGCUAUGCUCAAGUCAAUAAUCAACAAUGCCAACAAACAAUACUUAUUCAAAUUCCAAUAACUCAAAUUAUUGUAAGGUACUUUAAAUACAUCGUAUACCUUGUAUUAUUUUGUAUAAGGCUGAUAUCGAUUAAUUGUUCGUAUUAUGUACUAUUUAAGCAAUUUGAACUUGAGUUCUCUAAAUUAAAGAUCAACAAUAUAACUGCUCGCUUGUUUGCUCGUAUACUUUAAAAAAUAGCAUUCUCUUAAUUUCUUAUAUUUUGAGUAAACCUUUUCAUUAUCAUGUCAUGUCCAACCAUGAAAGGUGAUGUUGAUUGUUUCAUAUAUGAAAAUUAGUCGGUAGAAAUGAGACGCCUCCAUUUUUGUUGUUUCUUUCCCUCAUUAAAUUGGCAUUAAGCCAAUCUGAGAUCCAUAAUACUCGUGGAUUAAAAAAAAAACGGAAAAUAAUCAAAUCUCACUUGACGCUUAAUGGAAGAUUAAUUAAAGAGCUUAAUAAACCCGAAAUGACAGUUUCAUAAUCCAUUAAUUCCCCUCGCGAAGUCAAACUGUUUAACUCAUUGAUGGUCAUUAAUUAAGGGAACCCAUCUUCGAAAUUUCCAUCUUCUGGCUAAUACCAUAGUGAAAUUAAUAAGUCCCAAUUCUAGGGUUUUGGUAAUGCCGUAAUGGUGAUAAUGCGCUAUCAAAAUAGUACCCAAUCAGGAACAAAUAACUUGACACAAUAAACUGAAUUGAUAUUUGAAUCGAACUGAACAUACUAAUAUUAUGGUUUGAUUUUGAUUCUAAUACAAUAUUUUUUACUUUCUUGGGUUAAUACUAUUUAAUCCUCUAACAAAAAUACAUAAAUAUGUGAAUCAUAGUUAUAUCAAAUGACUUCGGUUUUUAUAUAGACCAUGUAAUCAUAAUUUCAUGAUUCUUUCUUGGGGGUUUAUACACUAAGUACACCAAUUUAAUCAAAUUUAUACAGAAUUAGACGAUAAUAGAUCAUAUUGCAUUGUACUUAAAUCUAACUCGAAAAGAAAUUCAAAACGAUAACUUUGCUUCUUCCAAUUCGUCAUCAUUUCUUAAAAUUCUAUACCAAUUGAAUCCAAUUUCGAAUCAAACCUGACCAGACCGUCGUUCAUCUGACCCUCUCGCCUCUCGGUUCAAACAUUAACCAAACACCCUAGUACAAACUCAUCCUUUGCCUGACCUAAGAAUCUCUAUAAAACACAUCCAUCCUAGAGAAGCUAUAAUGUUCCUUCCAUUUUCGUUCUCCCCACACCAGGCAAUGGAAACGACAUUUCCACAUGGUAGGAAAUUCAGAUUCACACAUCGCUAGUAAACCCUUUUAAUUAACAUUCUCUUCCUUCUCCUUCCCCUUCCCCCUUUUGUCACCUUCAAACCCUUUCCAAGUUCCAUCCUUUCCCUCAAAUUCGCGACACUCUGUUCUUUCCCCUGCACCCCUAAUCAUGAGGAGCAUCGCGACCUGCUACAGCGAAAACGCCAUCAAAGUCUCCGACUCCUACUGCUCCGGACCGGCGUCGAGCCGGACCAGCAUUUCCCAGCACCCCACCCGCCCGGCGCCGAGCUCCGUCACUUCCACUUACAAAAUAAUCAGAAACAACUCCUCGCUGAAUUCCAAUCCGAUUUUCGUCACCUUCAAUUGGUCCGGUUGCGGCGGAGGAGACGGGGGGUUUUCAAUCUCGUUAACGGACAAAGUCCCUUCUGCUUCUAAUUCGCCGGCUCGCCAUUUUCGAAAACCGAAAGGGAGCAAAGAAUUCGAAGCCUGCGGUUGCAGAAUCGAGUUGCUCUGGAACCUCUCCCCUGCUUUCUACGAUGCAGGGCCCGAACCGGUCAGUGGGUUCUACGUCGUCGUAUUGAUUGAUUCGGAACCCGGGUUGUUCCUCGGAGACGUCGAGGAGAUCGAGGACGAGGAAGGCGAGGAUGGGUUCCGGCGAGGAGGGGUAGACGGGGAGAAGAUUCGCCUGGCGGCGGAGCUCUCCCCUGUUUCCCGGAUCGAGAAAUUCGUCUCCGGCGGGUCGGGUCGCGGUUCGUAUUCGACUCGGGCGCAGUUCAGCAGGGUGGGGGAAAUGCACGACGUGAUGAUCAAUUUCGGGACUGGGGGUGAUCAGUCGUCGGUGGCGGCGGGGAUGUCGGUUUUGAUCGACGGGCGGCGGGUUUUCGAGGUGAGGAGGUUGAGGUGGAAUUUCCGCGGGAAUCAGACGAUUUUCUUGGACGGGAUUGUGGUGGACGUGAUGUGGGAUUUGCACGACUGGUCUUUUAAGGAAAUAGGGGAAGGAGAAGCAGACGGCCGCGGCAGAGGAGGAUGUACGGCGGCGGCGGCGAUGGGAGCGGCGGUGUUUUUGUUCAGGACAAGAAGCGGAUUGGACAGCAGGCUGUGGCUGGAGGAGAAGAUUCUUGAGCAGAAGAAGGAUCCAGAGAGAGCUGAAUUCUCUCUAUUGAUUUGUGCAUGUAAGAAGCCUGGUUGAUCUAGUGAAGCUCGUUCGUUUCUUGAUUGAGUUUGAGUCGAGUGUGAUAAGAUUUUCUAAGUGUGAAUAUAAUUUUUUUCAAUUUAUGAUUUGAGAAAUUCGAGCUCUUAAGUGAAGUUGAUUGAAUAUGAUAGAUACUUCCGUUUCCAUCAAGUUAAUUGGUGAUAAGUUUACCAAGUUUAUAGAAUUAUAGUUAUAUUGACGAGUUAGAGAUAUAAGAAUAUGGAAACUUAUUUGGCGAUUGAGGCUAGCCACAUUUGCAAGUCUCAGGUACAAGUUAUUGAUUAUCAAGUGUAGUGGUGUUUGUGAAUUUCAGAAACUGAAUCCUUAACUUAGUGAGAUGUCGUAUACCUUUACUUUUUCGGUAUAUGGCUAUGUCCCAGUCUCAAAUAUGUGGCGUUAAUUGAUCAAAUGUAGUUCCAUUUUUGUAAAUCUAGAAGGCAAGAGACAUAGAUUAAGUGGGUUAAUGGUAAUACACAUUUGUUUUUUUUUUUUUGGUUUGGUUGCUUUCUCUUGGUGGUGUGGUGGUUUCUUGUUGUGUGUCUUCAACAUUGGAUAUGGCCAUAUGGGUUCUCCACUUCGAAUUUGUUCUUCUUGGUUAAGGGUAAUCGAGGGAAUCAAGAAGGGAAGCUAGCUAGAAUGUGCACAUUGAUGGUUGAAAGAGAAAUGUACUUAUUGAAAGGAGUGGUGUGGGGAUUGAAGCUUUGUAAAUGAGAAACUUCUCCAAUGAAAUUAUUUUAAUGGAAUAUGAUAUAUAUAGUCUAUGUACUAUUUUACUCUAACAAACAUGUCUUUCUAAUAUGAACAUUAACAAAUACGUUAUGAACUACAUGUUUUAUUUAUUUCAAGUCUCACUACUUAUUCUCUAACCAACCCUUCACAUCGUUAACAACUUUUCACAUGUUAUACAUGCUAGAAUCGUGGUUAUUGCCAUUAAACCCAACCCAUAAAAAGCCCAUAUCACAAGUUAAAAAAAAUAUUUGCGGAAUCUUAUUUAGAAGCAGAACAAAUAUUUUUACUUUUUAGCACAUAGGAUCAUUAACACACAUGUGAUAUGUCAUCGUGAACUUGUUUACUAAGCAAUUAAGCAUGUCGAUCUCGACUAUAAGGGACUUGUAUUGCACAAAAGAUUGGCCUAAGUGACUAAUAGUAGAUGAACAACUUACUACCUACUCAAGUCUCAAACAUAUUUGUUUCAACAUUAAUAGUCAAAGGACUUGCUUGUCAAACAAUAAAAUUACAUGGACCACAAAUGUCAUUUGCAAAUAAAUAUGUAUCUUAAUUGAUUCUUGGGUGUUAGUUUUAAGUUCUUUCAUUUGUUCCUGUCAACACAUGGGAUGAAGAGCGACGAGUGGACAGCCGCUGGAGGGGGAAAGGAACAGAAGCUAUCAAUCUAUCUUGAUUCUAUAAAAUUAUUAUUAUUAGAACAUUAAUUAAGAGUGAAAUUGGGAAAUUUCAAGAGCACAAAUCAACAGUUUUAAUUAUAUUUAGGAAUGAGUAAGAGAUAUGCUUAUUGGGUUCUAUAUGUUAGCAAACGGCCGGGAAUUGUUGAAGGAUUGAUGCAAAUAGGUAUAAUCCAUGUAAUUAAAAAAUUGAUAAGAAAUCACACGUUAUGUAACAAUUAAUAUAUUCUUCAUCAAGAAAGAAACCUAUUUACAUUUGAACAGUUGAUUGAAACAAAACGAGAUCUUAGAUUAUCAUAUGAAAACGAAGUUGAUAGUUGAAACUUAUAACUUUAGGUACACUCUUAUACACAUUCAAGCCACAACUUAGUAACCCAUUGUACCAUUUUAACAUCAAAUUUAACUGCCACAAAGAAAAUGCCUUUUAAUUUGUGGACGCUUUCCCAUGUUUCCUCCAUAGUCCAUAUGCAAUUGACCCCGGUCCUUUUCGAGUAAAAUUUUGAACUUUUAAUAAGUCAAUUAUAUAUGA